CCAGGAUGGCCUUGAGCUCAGAUUCAUCUGACUCUCCCAAAUCCUGGGAUUAAAGGGAGGAGGUGGUGGUGACGUCACUGGGGCCACUUCACCUGGGUUAUAAGGCUCUGGUCCUGGCUGGCUGCUCAACGGAGAGGUCCAAGGUCCGGACUCCCCACCAUGCCGCGCCGUGCACCCACCUCAGCAGCGCUGCUGCUGCUGCCCCCGCUGUUGGCACUGCUGCUGGGGACUGCCUCCUCGGUUCCCCUGGCGCCCAGACCCUCCAAGGAGGAGCUAACCCGCUGUCUAGCAGAGGUGGUCAUGGAGGUGCUGACACUGGGCCAGGCCCAGAGAGGCCUCUGCACAGCUCUGCUCCACAAAGAGAUAUUCGAGACAGAGCCCCAUGGCUGUGUGUCCCUUGAGGAGAAGAGGUUACUGGGUGGGGACUUCAACAAGCAGGAGACUGGAAAGAUGAGGUCCAGCCAGGAGAUAAGGGACAAGGAAGAGGAGGAAGCAGCAGAGAGGACCCACAAGUCUGAGGUGCAGGAACAGGCCAUCCACACUCAGCUCCACAGCCAGCUUCACCGGGAAGAGGAGAAAGAGGAGGAAGAGAAGAGGCAACCACAGAAGACCUUCGAGCAUAUGUGGGAGCAUCUAGAGGGUGCCAGGGGCCCCCAGAAGCGGGUGGCUGAGAAGGCCAGCGAUGAGGAGACGGCCCGGUUUCAGGCAGAGGAGAAGGGCAUGCACCUGCUGGGCGGAGGCCACAGCCUGUGGCAGGGGAGUGAGAUGGCUGGGGGAGAAAGGCACGAAGAGUCCUCGAGCCAUCGUCACCACCUGGAACAGCCAGGCACCAAGGCCAAGCAGGAGGAAGAGGCAGAGGAGGAGGCGGCUUCAGAGCAGGAGGAAGACAAUGUGGAGCAGCUAGAGCGUAUUAAGGAGCAGCUAAAGAAGGCCACCGCCAUGCUGGGAGAGGCACUUGGAAGGGAAGGCUGACCCUAACCCACUCCCCUCCUUUUCUGUACGCCCUAAGGCUCAGGACUGUUGAUCUCAGAGCCCCCAUCCCACCAACUGGCAGGGGCUGGGAAGCAAGGGUGUGCCUGAGAACCAAGCCUGAGAGAAGUCUGAGUGGGGCGAGGCUGGUUCAGACUGACUCAGGACCCCACCCCACCCCUCCAUCCCUGAGUGAAUA